GGUUCCGCCCUCCCUCUGGUUGCCGACCCUCCGGGGCUAGCGCCUGAGAUCCCUUUCCCAGAGUGCUCUGCGCUGUGAAGAAGCGGCUCCCCGGGACUGGGGGCAUUUUGUGUUGGCUGGAGCCGGAGUAACAAGAUGGCGGCGUCGGCGGAGUGACAGGAGUCCCUCCGGGCGGGAGCCGGCGGCAGUGGUGGCAGCGGUAUCGCCGCCCUAAACCACCGCGCCCCUUUUCCAGCCCGCGACGUCGCCGUGAAAGCGAGGCAGCGGCGGCCGCCCAGGAACAAGUGGCCCAGCCCGGUAACCGCGAGAACCCCCUCAUAAACUGCGGCCUGGCAAAAAGAAGCCGGAUUGAGCGGCGGUGAUCAGGGUCCCCUUGACCGAGUCUGGGCCCUGUAACGCCUGGAAAGAGCCAGCGCUUGCCGUUUCCUGCCGCCCUCCUCCGCAGCCUGCUCAGUGGACGAGCCCCAGAGGCCUCUGUUCUCCCCUCAGAGGUGUCGGGGCUUGGCCCCAGCCUCCAUCUUCGUCUCUCAGGAUGGCGAGCAGCAGCGGCUCCAAGGCCGAAUUCAUUGUCGGAGGGAAAUAUAAACUGGUACGGAAGAUCGGGUCUGGCUCCUUCGGGGACAUUUAUCUGGCGAUCAACAUUACCAACGGCGAGGAAGUGGCAGUGAAGCUAGAAUCUCAGAAGGCCAGGCAUCCCCAGUUGCUGUACGAGAGCAAACUCUAUAAGAUCCUUCAAGGUGGGGUGGGCAUCCCCCACAUACGGUGGUAUGGUCAGGAAAAAGACUACAAUGUGCUAGUCAUGGAUCUUCUCGGACCCAGCCUCGAAGACCUCUUCAAUUUCUGUUCAAGAAGGUUCACAAUGAAAACUGUACUUAUGUUAGCUGACCAGAUGAUCAGUAGAAUUGAAUAUGUGCAUACAAAGAAUUUUAUACACAGAGACAUUAAACCAGAUAACUUCCUAAUGGGUAUUGGGCGUCACUGUAAUAAGUGUUUAGAAUCUCCAGUGGGGAAGAGGAAAAGAAGCAUGACUGUUAGUACUUCUCAGGACCCAUCUUUCUCAGGAUUAAACCAGUUAUUCCUUAUUGAUUUUGGUUUGGCCAAAAAGUACAGAGACAACAGGACAAGGCAACACAUACCAUACAGAGAAGAUAAAAAUCUCACUGGCACCGCCCGAUAUGCUAGCAUCAAUGCACAUCUCGGUAUUGAACAGAGUCGCCGAGAUGACAUGGAAUCAUUAGGAUAUGUUUUGAUGUAUUUUAAUAGAACCAGCCUGCCCUGGCAAGGACUAAAGGCUGCGACAAAAAAGCAAAAAUAUGAAAAAAUAAGUGAAAAGAAGAUGUCCACUCCUGUUGAAGUUUUAUGUAAGGGGUUUCCUGCAGAAUUUGCCAUGUACUUAAACUAUUGUCGUGGGCUGCGCUUUGAGGAAGCCCCGGAUUACAUGUAUCUGAGGCAGCUAUUCCGCAUUCUUUUCAGGACUCUGAACCACCAGUAUGACUACACAUUUGAUUGGACAAUGUUAAAGCAGAAAGCAGCACAGCAGGCAGCCUCUUCAAGUGGGCAGGGUCAGCAGGCCCAAACCCCCACAGGCAAGCAAACUGACAAAACCAAGAGUAACAUGAAAGGUUUCUAAGCAUGAAUCAAGGAACAGAAGAAGCAGAGCAGAUGAUCGGAGCAGCAUUUGUUUCUCCCCAAAUCUAGGAAUUUUAGUUCAUAUGUACACUAGACAGUGGUUGUGAACAACCAUUUACUUGGUGUAAAGAACUUAAUUUCAGUAUAAACUGGCUCUGGGCAGCAUUGGUGAUGCCGUGUCCUGAGUUGUAGCCGCUGUAAUUGUGAAUAUUAACUGAGAUAGUGAAACAUGGUGUCCAGUUUUCUAUUGCAUUUUUUCAAGUGGAAAAGUUAACUCUAAAUGGUUGACACACACAAAUUGGUGGAGAAAUUGUGCAUAUGCCAAUUUUUGUUAAAAUCUUUUAUUUUGAACUAUACUGCUUUGAGAUCUCAUUUCAGAAGAACGGCAUGAACAGUCUUCAGCCACAGUUGUGAUGGUUGUAAAUGCUCACAAUUGUGCGUUCUUAGGGUUUAUCCACCCCUGGGGUUUGCAAGUUGUUCACUUAAAACAUUCUUAAAAUGGUUGGCUUCUUGUUUGCAAGCCAGCUUGAUACGGUAGCAACCAAAGAUUCCAGUGUUUGAGCAUUCGGAAGACUGCCUGCUUACCUGUGCUAGAAAUAACAGCAUCUAAAGUGAAGACUUAAGAAAAACUUAGUGACUACUAGAUUAUCCUUAGGACUCUGCAUUAACUCUAUAAUGUUCUUGGUAUUAAAAAAAAAAAAAAAAGCAUAUUUGUCACAGAAAUUUAGUUAACAUCUUACAACUGAACAUGUAUGUAUGUUGCUUAGAUAAAUGUAAUCACUGUAAACAUCUAUAUGAUCUGGGAUUUUGUUUUUAUUUUGAAAUGGGAGCUUUUUUGUUUACAAGUUCAUUAAAAACUAAAAACUG